AUGACACUCGCUUCGACACCACGUACUGAUCAGCUACAUGGCUCCCGAGUUCUUGUUAUAGGGGGAACAUCUGGAAUCGGUUUUGCCGUGAGUGCAGCUGCACUUGGUCAUGGAGCAAUCGUUACCAUCGUGGGAUCGAAUGCCCAAAAACUCAAGGAUUCCAUCGCCCGGCUGAAGUCCUCAUUCCCAUCCACGGACCCCGAUAACAUUAUCGCAGUCCGAUGUGACCUCAGCAACCCCGACACCGUCGAGCAGGAUGUUGAGAAGGCUCUCCAGCUGGCGGCCGGAAACUCCAAGAUCAAUCAUAUUGUGAUCACCGCAGCGGAUAUGACCGCUCCACCUCCCUUGGAGGCCCUCACCGUGGAUUCUGUGCAGCGCCCGGGGAUUAUCCGACUAGUCGCCCCACUGAUGGUAGCCAAACACCUUCCAAAAUAUAUGGACAAAUGCCCUCAGAGUUCGCUCACCCUAACGAGUGGUGCACACUGUUUGAGACCAGACCCUGGCUGGACCGUUAUCUCGGGAUAUUGUGGUGCGGUUGAAGCUAUAUCGAGAGGAUUGGCCAUCGAUUUGAAGCCACUGCGGGUGAACGUUGUGGCUCCAGGAGCAGUUCUCACAGAAGCUGUGAAGGAUAUCCUCGGCGAUGCGUAUGAUGCUGCGGUGGAAAUGGCGGAGGCAAAAUCAACGGUCGGACAAACUGGGUCCCCAGAAAGCGUAGCCCAAGCAUAUAUCUACCUGAUGAAAGAUCACUAUGCCUCGGGAUCAGUUGUCUCGACAAACGGUGGCAUGCUUCUUGUCUAA